AUGAGAUACUCCUGCUCGGAACCUAAAAACGGUCACGUUGGGGAGAAAAGAAAUGGUGCGGGAAAGUGUCACGCGAACCGCAGAUACGGCACACGCAACGAAGAAGGCGAACGCAUUCUGGAUUUUGCCACAGUGUACAACUUAGCAUUAGUCAACACGUACUACAUCAAAAAGCAUGAACACCUGAUUACGUAUUCAAGCGAAGACCGUCUAACACAAAUUGACUACUGGGCAGUGCGUUACAAUAACUAA